GGAAUUUGAAAAAACUAAAGAAUUGGAGCACCAAUCAAAUAACCUGCAUGAAUUUGAAAAAUUAGAUCAAGCAAAUAAUUCGCUCGAUGAUGAAGAAUUGACAUACCAAGCAAAUAAUUUGCAUGAAAUUAAAGAAUUGAAAUUUCAAGAAAAUAAUUUACAAAAAAUGUAA